AUGAGAUUGUUUCAGCGACAAAAGGACAAACGUCUUACUUUUUAUGUUGGCUGUGUGGCAUCUUUAACAUCACAGGUGAUUUGGGGUGUUGCGCAAUUUCGCUACUUCGCAGAAAACAAUGAAGCCGGAGACAUUUUGCCUGCGUUUAUCUACUUGGUGAGAAUUGCAAUGGCCUUGUGUUAUGCUGCUAUUAUAACAGUCUACUUUCUCAGCAAAAUUCAAAUAAUAGUAGCUAAUCGACGAAUCUGGCUAUUGACACUCCUCACGUUGAUUUUGAUUUACAGUCCGGUUGCAUUUUUCAUCGCAGAUGUGUCUAACGCCUUCAUAUACGAGUUGUCAGAGGUUUUUUCCGUGGUUAACUAUGUGAUUGGCGUGGUUAUCCCAUGGGAAUGGUGCAACAAAUUCAAUCUUAUCAUGAAGGCAAAGGAGAAAGAAGGAGUUCUUGGACGACGAUUUUAUGAAGAUGAGUCGUAUGAGCUUGAUAGAUUUGAGCUUUUUGUUGAGGAGCAAAUGCCCUUGGAGGAUGACAAUGACCAUGACGACGCCGACGAAAGUGACGGAACCUCGAACAAUCCUGGUGAUGUAGAUGCCACACAUGUUGGCCGCGAACGACAUAACAACACACAUAGCCCUGGUAUGGCUCAUGGAAGUACUGGAGAAUUGGCAACACAAGAAUUAUCAACUGCAAGAAAAGUCUUGAAUGCAUUGCAAACUUCCAAGCAGGCGUUCUUGGCACUUACUGAUAACAUCAUAGCAGCAGGUUUCGCUAUACCUAGAUCAGUUAGUGUAUCCACGCAGUCCUUUACUGGUCGACUGAGAAACCUGCACCAGGUGGAUCACAAUGAUUCGAUCGAUCACAGAGCCAGAAGUUUCAAUGUCGGUGCAGGAAGAUCUAGUGCUGAGCACGAUGUCCAAGCAAUUCCCUCAGAGUUCAAUACAGCAUCUUCGACCACCAGUAGAAACAGAAGAAACGUUUACGUGUAUGCGAAAAAAGAGGUUGUUGUUGACCUCUCUAGUCAAGAGGAAGAACAUUAG